AUGGUGCUCCCCAAAAGCAAGAACGCUGUCGGCCUCGGCAAUGCACUCAUGAACGAUCGCUACCGCGGUAAUAAGUCCAACAUGCAUCGCAGUAACCCUCAACGCGACGGAGCGAUCAUGCGGCGCGAUCAGGAGGGCAACGAGUACCUCACACCAGGCAAGAAGGAAGCGGAAUGGAUGAAGAUGCGCUCGGUCACGGAGCAAGGCGCGCUGGACGAGUUUCUGACCACGGCAGAGUUGGCGGGCACCGACUUCACCGCCGAGAAGAUCAAUAAUGUCAAGAUCAUUCAUGUCGACCAGAAGAACCCGUACUUGCUCAGUAGGGAUGAGGAGAGAGGUGUAGUGAGGAAGCAGAAUGCGAAGAGAGCGCGGCUGACUGUGCCGAGACGGCCGCCUUGGGACGAGAGUACCACGGCAGUGGAGUUGGACCAGCGCGAAAGGCAGAGUCUGCUAGAGUGGCGGAGAGGGUUGGCGGAGCUGCAGGAGGUAGAUGACCUGCUCAUGACGCCUUUCGAGCGGAAUUUGGAGGUCUGGAGGCAGUUGUGGCGAGUGAUUGAACGGUCGGACCUGGUAGUACAAAUUGUGGAUGCGCGGAACCCAUUGCUUUUCCGAUGUGAAGACCUGGAGAAGUAUGUGAAGGAGGUUGAUAAGAAGAAGCGUAAUUUGCUGCUAAUCAACAAGGCCGAUAUGAUGACGCUUGAGCAGCGGAAAGCGUGGGCUGAUUAUUUCGUGGAGAAGGGUAUCAAUUUCCGGUUCUUCUCGGCAGAGCUAGCAAGGGAGAUGAACGAGGCCAGAGGCAAUGCAUUUGAUCAGCUGGACGUCGAGGGGCGGGACGAUGAGGACGAGGACGAGGACGAGGCCGAGGACGAGGAUGAUAUGCUGGACGAGGGUGAUGAGGACAUGGAUGAGGAAGACGAACAAACCGAAAACGCCCCGCUCUCAGCAGAAGAACAAACACGGAUUCUGACAACCGAUGAUUUGGAAGAGCUCUUCCUCCAGCACUCUCCCAGACGUCCAGACGUGGACGACACUGACCCGGACGCUGUGCAUCGCAAAACGCAGAUCGGGCUUGUUGGCUACCCUAACGUUGGCAAGUCUUCCACCAUCAACGCUCUCCUAGGCGCGAAGAAGGUCUCCGUCUCCGCCACUCCAGGCAAGACGAAACACUUCCAGACCAUCCACCUAUCAGACCGGGUCAUCCUUUGUGACUGUCCUGGUCUGGUGUUCCCCAACUUCGCCACGACCAAAGCGGAGCUCGUGUGCAACGGCGUGCUGCCCAUCGACCAACUACGCGAAUACUCCGGUCCCGCAGCAUUGGUAGCACAGCGAAUACCGCAGGCUUUCCUGGAGGCUGUCUACGGUAUGAAGAUUGUCACGCGACCUAUUGAUGAGGGCGGGACUGGCACCCCCACAGGUGAGGAGGUGUUGCGGGCCUACGCCAGAGCGAGGGGCUUCUUCACACAAGGUCUAGGCCAGCCGGACGAGAGCCGCGCAGCACGUUCGGUGCUGAAGGACUAUGUCAAAGGCAAGUUAUUGUUCUGCCAUCCGCCUCCCCACGAUCCGCCUAUCGACGGCCGAGUUUUCAACCGCGGGCUGUACGACGCCGCUCACUUGCCACAAAAGCGGCGAGCGCAUCUCGCCGUGUCUGCAGAGGCAUCUCUGAACAGUACGGAUUCUGUAUCACUGAUGGACGAUUUGGAUAUGAUACCACUACCCGCCACACAAGGCGCAAAGGGGCAAAAGCUGGAUAAAGCUUUCUUUGCGCCCGGGCAAGGUGGUGGGAGUGUCGUGCAGCCUUUCCACCACAAGUACAGUGAGCAAGGGAAGGAGCUUAGUGGGCGCAAGUUAAAAAUGGUUGCAGCGCUGGAGAAAGACAUCGACCCGGCGGAUAUGAAGGCGAGCUCGAAGAAGCACUUCAAGGCGAAUAAAAGGGCGGCGAAGAAGGUUGUGAGGAGUACUGGCGACUACGAUUGA